UUUUGAAUGCAUGUUGGGAGGGACAACAAAAAUCAAUUUCGGAUAGGCUCGAAUCUCACUGUUUCUUUUCCAUUAAGAUUUAAGAAUAUUUAUAUAUCAAACAAUAGAGACCAGUUGGACUAGGAUAAAAGGAUAGAGAACAGAAAAUUGCAUUAAUCUUAUCCACCAUUUUAAAAAGCAAGCUGUCUCUUAUAAAAGGUCAUCCAUAUCUUCCAAAUCUUCCAUUCCAUUUAUAUACCCCCCCUGCACCUAUUCAAUUUGUAAAGUGAGUUAUUAUUGCUUCUAGAGUAGUUCUACUUGAUUGGUUCAUGAGAAGAAUAUAACAAGAGAUAGAAGAUAUAUGGAGCAGCAGCAACCGCAACUGAAGAAGAAUAACAACACCAACAUGGUUGAAGGACAGAAGAAAAUAUUAGGACUAGUUCAUGAGGAUGAUGAUUUCUUUUCUCAUUCUUCAUCUUCUGUGUCUUCUUCUAAUUCUUCUUCAACUUCAAUUGGUUCUGAUGAUUCUUUUGAAGAAGUAACAUCAUCUCCUUCUUCUUCAUCCUCAUCAAUUGAUCAUCAGCUUGCACAUGAUGAUCCUUUGAGUGACAUGUCUUCUCUCUUCCAACAACUUCCCAUCAAGAGGGGGUUAUCAAGAUACUACGAAGGGAAGUCACAGUCAUUCACAUCAUUAGCAAAUGUGAGGAGCUUAGAGGAUCUUGCAAAGGCAGAGAACCCUUACAACAAGAGAUUGAAGUAUUCAAGGAGCUAUGGAGGAGCCUUAGGUGCAUAUGAGAGGCACAAUACUAACAAUAAUAUUAAGAGAGGGAUGCAUUCAAAUUCAAGGCGUUCAUGUUCUUUAUUGAUGAGUGCAAGAAGGGGAAGCUCUAAUAACUUGCCUCCAAUUCCAUCACCACAUCAUAGAUCUGCCAAUACAAGCACCAUCCCAAGUCCAACCGUCUUGUUUGCUUGAAACUUGAGACAAUUGUAUAAGGCCUUAUUCAAUUAAAACUUUAGAAAUUUAUUUUAUGUCAUGUGAUGAUGAUACUGUUUUUUUGGUUCGUUAAUGAGAUGAUGAUGAUGAUGUUGUGAUAUUAUGAUGUAGAUUUCGACAUUUCGUUACUCCAUUCAAUGAAAAAUGUUGGAGACAGAAAAA